GUCCUGUUUAAAGCAACGAUUUUCACCAGACUCUUUCAUAUAUAGGUUUUAUAUAUCCUGAGGUCGCAGAAUUUCCUCUUCUUUGGUUCUGCAGCUAUGUCUGGCACGGUCGAAAUCAUUGACGAUGGCGUCGAGCCAUACUCGUCUGACCCGGAGAAGCAUCCUAAAUCUGCUGGGGAAGACACGCAUGAGGCAUGGGGGGAUCAAAUCACUCAUGAAAUGCUCGAGAUUCUGGCUCCAAAUGGAGAAGGAGAGUACAUAUUAGACAUCAUAAACAAUAUGACUGAGGAGGAAGCCUACGCGAUCAUCGACGAGUCUGUCAAGUUCCAUGCCGACGACUGGAAUUUUCCGUCCGAAAUGCGAGAGCGUAUGGUCCGAUUGCUUCAAGGCCGAAAACUGUAUGGGGACUUCUAUGACCGCGAUCUGAGGAUAGAUGCCACAAUGAUGAGAUAUUCUUCUCCAUAUCCAGGAGUCCGCGCUGUUGCAGAGCCUCUAGACAACGUCGAUGUUCCAAUUGAAACUUUCCGAGCGUACUUUCUAGGGAUCGGAUGGGCGGUAAUAGGUACAUUUAUGGCUACAUUCUUUAACAGCAGAUUCCCUUCCAUCACUUUGGGAGGCUCUGUCAUCCAAAUUCUCUUGUUCCCAUGCGGCAAAUUCCUCGCCCUCGUCCUGCCCGACUGGGGCUUCACGGCUUUCGGUACCCGUCAUUCACUGAACCCUGGUGGAUGGACGUUCAAAGAACAGAUGUUCGCAACCAUUACUUACAAUAUCGCGAUCUACACCACGAACAGUUAUGGAAUGAUUCUGGUCCAAAAGUCCGAUGUGUUCUAUGGCGAGAAAUUCGUCACAUUCGGAUACCAGCUUAUGCUUACAUUGUUCGUCCAGCUCAUGGGCAUGGGAUUUGCUGGGUAUCUCAGAAGAUUCAGUGUUUAUCCCGUGAAAGCACUUUGGCCAACGAUUCUUCCGACCAUUGCCAUGAACAGAGCUUUGACUCGACCAGAACCGAAAGAGAAUAUCAAUGGAUGGACAAUCUCUCGAUAUAGAUUCUUUUAUGUUUGUGCUGGUAGCAUGUUCUUCUAUUACUGGCUUCCUGGUUACCUGUUCACCGCCAUGUCAACAUUUAACUGGAUGACAUGGAUCAGCCCAAAGAAUGUACCCCUGGCCAUCCUCACAGGAUCUGAGUCGGGGUUGGGCUUGUUCAACCCAGUUACUACGUUUGAUUGGAACGUUGCUACAUCUUCGUACGCUGCACUCGCCCAGCCCUUCUUCGCUACUUGCACAAUGUACUUCGGCAGCAUCCUUGGUGCUUUCAUCAUUCUUGGAAUCUUCUACUCGAAUAUGUACAACACGGCUUACCUGCCCAUCAAUUCUUCUUCGGCGUUCGCAAACGAUGCUACCACCUACAAUGUACAGAAAGUAGUCGUUAACAACAAACUCGACGAAACCCUCUAUCAAGCCUACUCCCCGCCCUUCUACUCCGCCGGUUACAUCCUCACAGUUGGCGCAAACUUCGUCUUCUACCCCGUCUACUUCCUCUACAUCAUGGUGAACCAGUGGAAGACGGUAGGAACCGCAUACGUAGACUUCUACAAAGGCCUAAGAUACGGGAAGAAAAACUACGAAGGCGCUAUGGACGUCCACAGCCGGCUGAUGUCCAAGUACAAGGAAGUACCCGAUUGGUGGUUUCUUUUGAUCCUUGUGUGCGCUAUUGUGGUUUCGAUUAUCUGGACUAAGAUUUAUCCCGUCGAUACUCCGGUGUGGCUUGUGUUCUUGAUGAUUGGUAUCAAUCUCGUCUUCGCCGUACCGUUGUCAUUCCUGUCUGCCACCACUGGCACGAACUUAGGAUUGGGUGCUUUGAUCCAAGUCAUCACAGGUUUCGUCCUACCCAACAACCCCAACGCCUUUCUCUUCGCUCAGACCCUGGGGUCAUGGGCAUUGGCUGGUUAUGGAGACAACUACGUUCAGGAUCAGAAAAUGGCUCACUACUGUAAGAUAGCACCUCGAGCUGUGUUCAGGAGUCAGAUUGGGACUAUUAUUAUCACGUGCUUCGUUGCAGUCGGCACUCAGGAUUUCAUCCUUACGAACGUCAAGGGACUUUGUACAGCAGAUCAGCCCAGCAGAUUCACAUGUGCAAACGACGGCUUCCCCCUCUACGCCAGCUCCCUAAUGUGGGGCCUCCUCGGCUCCGACCGAAUGUUCAACUCCCUCUACCCGCUCUUCAAAUGGUGCUUCCUAAUCGGCUUCGGCAUCUCCCUCAUCUUCCUGGUCGGCCAAGGCUACGGGCCCAAAUACCUGCCCGGCGUGAAAGAAAACCUCCGACUCAAGCUCCGACCCCGCACUUUCGAGAUCCUGGACCGAACACUAUUCCCCUUCAUCGCUUCUCUGCUCUGGCUUAACCCUAUCUUGGUGAUUCAAGGAGUGCAGCACUGGGCACCGUCCAAUUUGUCGUAUAAAACUCCAGGCAUGAUACUGUCGUUUGUUUUUAUGUAUUGGUUGCCCAGACAUCGAUUGGCGUGGUGGGAGAAGUAUAAUUAUGUGCUUUCGGCGGCGCUGACAGCGGGUGUGGCCGUGAGUGGAUUGGUGAUGUUCUUUGCUAUUGGGUACAACCCGAUUAGUUUGAAGUGGUGGGGAAAUACGGUGUCUGGAGCAGGAGUGGAUGGUGCUGGGAAGGGCAUUUGGGCUCUUCCCACCCGAGGAUAUUUUGGGCCGGAGAAGGGAAGCUUUCCUUAGACUAGUG